GAACUUUACUGUUGAUCGACAUCAAACAUUACUGAACGAACAACAUGUCAACUUGGGUGGCAAGCGGGAGGCAAGCCGACUUUGCGAAGGAUUUUGGCGUAGUCGGCGAUCCUAAUGACAACAAAACCAACCCAAAAGUGAUGGACAAGUCUCACAUGGAAGAUUCGACUGAUGGCCCAGGCUUCAUAAUCUAUGCUAGGGAACUCACCAUCCUCCACAGUGAUAAAAAAGAAAAUUGGGUUUGGAAGUGGGACCGCAUUGGCCCCAUAUGGGUAGAAGUGGCAGAAAUGGUGGCGGAGAAAGAGCUAGAUGCCAGAGGGUCGUUUGAGACAAAGAAACUUAAGUGUGGGAAACGUACAAAGUCUCGUUUCUGCUGAAGAUGACGGAAGACUGCACCAUAAAGGGGGAGGAGGUGAAAGUG